AUGUGGCACCGGUUUCUGCGUGACUUCCUUGUUGAUGACCAGUCCAAAAUGGGCGCACCUGAAGACAACACCGAGAUCUGUGUGGACGAAGUGAACAAGGUUGUCACCGCGCCAGCCUACAUGUGCAGCACUGCGGAAAUUGGAGAGGUGUUUGAUAACAUUGGACUCCUUAUCAAACGCGUCCUCUCUAUGAUCAAGAAGUAG